CUCUUUCCUCCGCAUGAGCAGGGCCUCCCCUUGCAGCUGCCUCUCCAGCUGCUGCUGCUGCGCAAGGUUUCUGCCCCCGCUUUUGCUCUGGUUUCGGGGAAGGCCAAGGGACCCAGGCCUGUGGGCCAGAGGCCUGCAGCAGAGGGCGCUGUCAGUGCAGGCUGGCCCGAAGCGGCCUCCUCCGGGCUGGAAGGAUGCGUGGCCCUGUUUCCGGGCGGGUUUCGGGCGAGAAAGAGGAGGAAUUGCUUUGUGGUUGCAAUCUCGGCGGGGCUAGAGAGGCCAACCCGGGUUCCGCCGUCUCCCGCUCGCUCCCUGCCCGGCCGGUCACGCGCCCAAGGGAGCAGGGGGGUGGCACCCUUGGGUAACCACCGCCACCACCACCUCCUCCUCCUCCCCCUGGCUCCGGAGCCGAGGAAGCCAGGCAAGUAGGCAGGCGGGCUGGUUGCGAAGGUAGCUCAGAGUCGGCGAGGAGAAACUCAGGCCGCCCGCCGUCUCGGAGCGGAACAACAACAACAGCAGCAACAACAACAACGUCCCUCGCUCACCCCGCGGAGGCAAAGCGGCCGAGAGGCUCCGGGCGAAUCAUGGAUGCUCUGGCCGUGUACAAAGAAAUCCUCCUGCAAUAUUUAAAUACCAUUAGAAAUGCUGUGAAUGAAAAGUGUGCUGAGGUUGAGCCUUGGCAGCUGAUAACAUCCACGGUUGCGGCUACCCUUCUGGUGAUGUGGCUACACAUGUUCCUCUUUCAGUCAGAAAGUUUAACAUCACGCUGUAAAAAGCGGUUCUUCCGAGUUUUACGCAAACUGCCUGUCAUUGGUACUAUGAUACAGAACCAAAUGAACAAGACUUUAGAAGAUAUGGCUUCUGGGCUGUCAUUCUUGAAAGACAAAAAGGGUUAUAUCAAAACCCUGCCAGCAAAAGGCUUGAGCCAACCCGAGGUGUUAAAGAUGAUGAAGGAAUAUAGCUUGAUGGGUGAUAUACAUUGGGAAGAUGGCAAAGUGUCUGGGACAGUGUACAGUGGGGAAGAGGACAUCACUAAUCUGCUUGUUAAGGUUUAUGAGGAGUUUGCAUGGACUAAUCCUCUUCAUCCAGAUGUAUUCCCAGGUUUGAGGAAGAUGGAAGCAGAGGUAGUAAGAAUGGCUUGCUCUCUCUUCCAUGGUGGGCCCAGCUCUUGUGGAACGAUGACCUCUGGUGGGACUGAAAGCAUCUUGCUGGCCUGCAAAGCCUACAGAAGCAUGGCAUAUGAGAAGGGGAUCAACUGCCCAGAAAUGUUGGUUCCCCAAAGUGCACAUGCGGCGUUUGAUAAGGCUGCCCAUUAUUUUGGGAUGAAAAUUGUGCACAUUCCCUUGACCAAAACGAUGCAAGUGGAUGUUAAGGCAAUGAAGAGGGCCAUUUCUAAAAACACAGCUAUGUUGGUCUGCUCAGCACCCCAGUUUCCACAUGGGGUUAUGGAUCCAGUUGAGGAGGUAGCAAAGCUGGCAGUGAAAUACAAUAUUCCCUUCCACGUUGAUGCCUGUCUAGGAGGCUUUCUUACCGUCUUUAUGGAGAAAGCAGGGUUCCCUCUCCAACACCCGUUUGAUUUCCAAGUGAAGGGUGUCACAAGCAUUUCUGCAGAUACCCACAAGUAUGGCUACGCUCCAAAGGGCUCCUCUGUGAUAUUGUACAGGGACACGAAAUAUCGCCAGUACCAGUUCUUUAUUGCUCCUGAUUGGCAAGGAGGGAUCUAUGCCUCCCCUACCAUAGCUGGUUCCAGGCCUGGUGGACUUAUUGCAGCCUGUUGGGCCACAAUGAUACACAUGGGAGAAGAUGGUUAUGUCGAGGCCACUCGGAAAAUAAUUUCAACAGCACGGUUCCUGGAAUCAGGGCUGCGGGAGAUUGAUAACAUCUUCAUCUUUGGGAAACCUGAAGUAUCGGUUCUUGCUUUGGGGUCUGACAUAUUUGACAUAUAUCGGUUGUCAAAUCUACUGAUAUCUAGAGGAUGGAACCUGAAUGUUUUGCAGUUCCCACCAAGCAUUCAUAUUUGCUUAACACUACUGCACACAAAGCCUGGAGUGGCACAACUUCUGUUGAAGGAUAUUAGAGAGUGUGUCGAUGAGAUCAUGAAGGACCCCAAAGCCAAAACCACUGGCAUGGGUGCUAUCUACGGCAUGGCACAAGCUAUACCUGACAGGAACAUGAUUUCAGAGAUUGCCGGUGCUUACUUGGACUGCCUUUACAGCACAGAUGUUCCUCCUCCAGCUGAUGCACACAUGAAUGGUUCUUUGGGCCAUCAAUAAUUCUGAAGCCAUUUGUGCCUUUACUGCUGGGUGGCAUAGUAAAGAUUUCUAGGGGAAGACAAACAUCAUCCUGCAGGUGCAGGUCACGUGGCAGCUUGAUCAUCUCUUUCAUAGCCCCUCUCCCCCCCCCCUUUAUGGUGGACACAGGCUUCGCAAACUUUCCUGGGCAAUUUAUAUCUGUAUAUUCUCACAAGUCAUCUCUCUUUUAAAACUAUCUGUAUUCCUUUACAUGCUAGCUCACUGCUGCUGCUAACCCUCAAAGGGAUAGCCAUACUCAUGCCAACACAAGUCUAUCCCAUCAGCCUUUGUGCUCAGGUGUUGGAAAUCUAUUAAUUCCUUACUUUUGCUUCGUUGACACGUUUUUUGUGUCAGACAGCAAGCCUUUCAAGACAUUUGGCUACUAACACUCUCCCCAGAUUUUGGGAUAAAAACUGGAAGUGUGUGGUCUGGGGUUUGGACCGUUGGAUCAUUCCAAACAGAUGAGGGGAAGGAGGCUUGAGGAAGACUAUUGCUUUAUUUCCUGUGUCCACCAUAUUGUAUUCUUACUGCUUUCCUUUUCUCCCUGAAAUUCUUAAAAUGCCACCCACCAUCCUUGCGAGUUGUAUGUAUCCUGUGGAGGCACUGAGGGCAAAAUAGUUCUUCCAUUUGCUCCAGCUUCGGAAGCUGCACUCUGACAACAGAGUUAGAGAGGUACUGGCGAUUCUUGGGUUCUGGCACCAGAAUUGGCGAAGACACCCAGAUACUCAAGUUGCUUCACUUAUUGACCAUGCAAUUUGUCUUGAGUGCUUUUACAGAAGUGUGGCGCCAACAUUAAGUUUCAAAAUGUACUUGUGACCGAAAAGGGAUAUCUCUGCCCCGGUUUUAUCUCUUCUGCUACUUUGACUGUAAGGCACAUUGUUGAGUGGGAGCUUGUAGAUUUGUCUUAACACUCAGAGCAUUCCUCCUGGGAAGCCAGAAAAGUGGGCAGAAGACUCUAUUGGUUAACAGGUCCUUAGCUCUCCAGCAGGACUACACUGAAAAUGACCUCAUUGGAAAAGCAGCCUCAGGGUAUAAUACAUUCCACCUUCAAUGUGUCAUGUUGUCUGAGCCAAGUGUAUUUUAGCAGAGAACACAGCCCUUUAGAACUGUGACAUGGCUAGCCUGUGUUGCCCAGUGGAGUGUUCUUAAUUGUGUACUGACUCUAUCUUAUGGUUCAGAUUGCUUCUAGAAUAUAGCGGUUGUUCCUGAUUGAAAUUCCUGUGACUUAAGGGCAGACACCACUAGCUUAUUCCAAGGCAUGAGGAUGUGCCAUGGAAUACAGUUGCUAGUCAGAUCUUGAGCCAUUUCUGUCAGUAGAUCACAUUAAGUUUUCAUUACCUUUGUGUAUCAGUACUUCCAUCAGGGAAGCAUAGCAGUGAAUUCACAGCAAGGUAGACAUGUGAAAUGAGUGCUUUUUCUCCCAGCUAGUGCUACGUGGUUCUUAACGUAUUCGUGCUGGAAACAAAAGUUGAACUUUUUCACUGUUGUGAAUUAUGGGAAUAAUAGCGUUGCCCUUUCCCAGCUGUCUUUCUCUUUUAAUUGUGAAAGAAGGGGACACAAAGCAACUUCAGUGCUACCGCUUGAGAUAUCUGUAUGAACAGAUAGAAUUACUGUAUGUUUCAGCCAAUGCACAGGUACGGUUUCCAUAGCACUGCACUAUAUUAUUUAAGAAAGGGAAAUAUUUGUCAUUUCUUAACCAUGUUUAUAAUUUCACUCCUGAAGCCAGGUGUGUGUGUGUUUUCCCCCAUUUAUGUUGUAGGGUACAACAAAGCUCGAUUCACUUCCUAUUGGAUUUGGGUUGAGCUUUGUAAAUCAGGAAAUCAAGUCCUGUAUGUGUACUACUGUGUCAGUAGGACACAACCUCAGUAGUACUUUAUUUUCAGCAAUAUCCCUGUUUACUUUGUUAUGCAUCAUGUGUACACUUUCAGGUUUAAAAGAAAAAAAAUAAAAUUAGGAAGGAAAUAUUUACUUUUAAAAUAUCGUCGAACAAUUUCUGUGCAAGGUUACAUCAGAAACAUAAAACUGCCAUCACCAGCGUGUUUGCACAUUAAGAGGUGGAAGAGUUUGUACUCAGCCACUGUGGCCUUCGUUCUUGAAGAACUAUCUGGUCUUUCACGGAUCAUCAAGUGUUAUUACAAAUGAAGGUCUUUAACUUUGUUUCAGAAAUGUAAAUACUGUGUUCCAUUUUCAUUAGAUGCCACUCAGACCUUGAAGAAAAUUACAUGGAACAUUUUACCUUAAUGUCUCUGCCUAGCAUUUCUUUUGAGUGCACGCAAACUUUUAUGGCAGUCAGUCAGAAAAAAAUCCAGACCUGUGUUUGACUCCUGUAGCAGAUGGGCCUGGGCAGAAGCGCCAUGAAUGUCUACUGGUAGCUGGUAAGGUAGGUACUCUGCCUCGGUCUGGCAAGAGUGUUGUGGCCCCCAGCUGUUCACCAAUAGCGAGACAGUGAUUUUACCAUCUAAAUAAGGCUACUGCAAUAAAAACUGCUAGGGGUAACCAAGAGUGGACUUGUGGAAAGGACUGGUUUGGUUGCUGUACUGAACAUAACAAAUCUCUUGGGCCAGAAUGCACCCUAAAGCACCCUGUUCCUUAAUUUUAAACAUAUGCAUUUUGUGUCCAAUGGAUCGACUAUAGAUGUGACAAGCUGGAAGUCUGCC